GAUGGCGUUCACUGGGAAAUAUCAGCUGGAGUCUCACGAGAACUUCGAGGCGUUCAUGAAGGCUGUCGGUGUGCCGGAUGAUGAGGUCGAGAAAGGCAAAGACAUUAAGAGCAUCUCUGAGAUCCAUCAGGACGGAAAAGACUUCAAGGUGACGGUGACGGCAGGAACUAAAGUCAUCCUGUACUCCUUCACUGUGGGCGAGGAGUGUGAGCUGGAGACGUUCACUGGAGACAGAGCUAAAACUGUGGUUCAAAUGGAUGGUAAUAAACUGACAGCGUUUGUGAAGGGGAUCGAGUCUGUGACAGAGCUGGACGGAGACACUAUCAGUAACACUCUCAGCUUCAACGGCAUCGUCUACAAGAGGAUCAGCAGACGCAUCUCAUGAUCAUCAAUGGCAGAGGAAGGUGAUUUUCCUACAAUCAAU